UGUCAACAGCGAGUGUAAAGGGACAGUGAGCGCAGCUAGCCGACACUACACAGCAGUAAACGGUGUAGAAAACAAUUUGCUGAACAAAUAUUAUUUGCAGUCUGUUGUGUCGCCCACAGCUCGGUUUAGCUAUGACUAAGAUUUGAAGGCAGAUGUGGACUGAGUGACACCCCUGUCAUCCCUCCCCAGUACAUCCAUGUGUAUAAUUUUCUUCAAGUUUGACCCCCGGCCUGCAUCCAAAAAUGCCUACAGGCUAAUUUUGGCUGCAAACAGAGAUGAGUUGUACAACAGACCAUCCAAAGCUGCAGACUUCUGGGGGACCAACAGCGAGAUCCUCAGCGGCCUAGACCUAGAAUAUGGAAAGGAAGGCGGGUCAUGGAUGGGGAUCAGCAGGAGGGGAAAGCUGGCUGCGAUCACCAACUACAUGGAAGGACGACCUAACCCUGAUGCACAAGGAAGAGGAUUUUUAGUGUCUAACUACCUUAUGGAAAAGGAUAUGGACAGCUACUCCUACCUGAAGAAGGUGUCGGCAGAAGGCCAUCUGUACAACGGCUUCAACCUCAUCACAGCAGAGUUCAAAGCCAAACAAGACAUUGUGUGUUACUAUGGAAACAGAGGCAGCCCUGAACCCAUCCGUCUAAAUCCAGCAGGAAUCUAUGGCCUCAGUAAUUCUCUGCUGGACACUCCAUGGAGGAAACUUCUGCAAGGCAAACGUCACUUCUCCAACGUGGUCAGUGACCAGUCCCUGUCCUGUGACGGACUGGUGCAAGAGCUGCUAAACGUCCUUAAUAAUGAGGAACUGAACGCACCUGAUCCUGUUCAAGAGAGCCAGGGUGAUGGCUACAGCAAGCACAUGAUCCAGGCUCUGUCAGCUGUGUGUGUUCGCUCCCCUCAUUAUGGCACAAGGACCAACACAAUAAUCCUGAUAGAUGCAGAAGGGAAUGUGACUUUCACAGAGCGCACCAUGCUCAACUGUGACACAAGCAAAUGGAGCACCAAUUCUUUCCAGUUCAAACUGCAGGCGUGAAGACAUGAUUGAGGAAACCCACUCUGUGCCUUUGUGCAUCACACUCGCCCCCCCUUCCUCCAGCUGCACUUCACCAUAGUAGCAGCUGUGUGAACAUGAAGACUCAUCUGCACUUUUUCAUCAGCUAGUCACUAGCUGCCUCAUCAGCAUCAGUGAUAUGUACUUCUUAUUCUUGAUUUAAGUUAAAAUACAUCUCUUGAAAAUGUGUGCUAAUUUAAAAUAUUGCCAAAGGACAUUUAGAAUUUUGUUAAGGAAAAUACUUUACCUACAUGUCACAGAACAAUAGGGUUGGGUGACUUCAAAAAGUCCAAUCUAUUACUUUGCUUUACUUUGAUUGCUGGUAGCCACACAAUUAUUGUAAUUCAGUCUAAUUUAUUCUUGUUGGAGUGAGAUUUUUAUUUCAUUUAAAUCCAUGAUAUUGAGUGAAUAUACACUUUAUGCACAAUUUUCAGACUUCAGGUUGAAAUAGCAUCCUAUGAGAAUUCAUUGAAUCAUCAAUAUUUUUCUAGAGAAUGUGUAAUCUGAUUUAAAUUCACAGUAAUCGCCACAUAUAAAGGUUACUUAUUACUUUUUAAGUCUCUGAUUACCAUAACUGUGUUACUGGUUUUUAAGUAGUUAUGUCCCAACUCUGCACAACAUCUGUCUCAAUGUUGGAUGCAACUAAUAUUGGAGUCUUGAAUGAAAUGAAAUAGUUUCUGCCACUGGAUCUCUGAUUUCUUCCAUGGCAGAAUAAUGCAUUUUUACAGCUACUUGACAAUAAAAAUAAUUUAUCCAAACCCUCA